AUGGGCGUCGAAUCUGUAUCUGUCGACCCUGCCACUAAGAUUGCGCUCGAUGUUCCAGUGGCGGAUGCAGCAAUCGUUCCUCCGCCGCCCUCAGUGGCCCCCGACGGAGGAGUCCGAGCAUGGCUUCAAGUUUUGGGAUGUUGGCUCGUAUUCUUCAAUGUCUGGGGCUUUCCUUUCUCAUUCGGGCUGUUUCAAAGCUACUACGAAUUGAACAUCUUGACCGGCAUGUCUUCGUCGAACAUCUCCUGGAUCGGGACAAUGACAUCGUAUCUUCUGAUUGUCACCGGCGUCCUCUCUGGUCCUUGGUUCGAUCUCGGCUACUAUAAAGUCAUGCUUCUAGGAGGGGCUGCCAUGUCUUGUCUUGGGAUCAUGAUGUUGAGCCUCUCGAGUCAGUACUACCAGAUCUUCCUGACCCAGGGCAUCUGCACUGGUUUGGGUUGUGGGGUUCUCUAUAUCCCCGGCCUCGCGCUCGUCGGCCGUUCAUUUACUAGGCGAAGAGCAAUGGCAAUGGGAAUCGUAAGCAGUGGCGCUCCUGUCGGCGGAAUCAUCUAUACUAUUACUUUUGACCAGGUCAUCGACUCACUGGGCUUUGCCUGGACGGUGAGGGUGAUGGGAUUCAUCAUGCUCGGGUCCUACCUCAUUGCAUUCCCACUCUUGCUCUGGGGAACGGCCAACACGGGCGACAUCGCGUCCGGGACCCCUCGGAAGCUGUUUGACAAGUCGGCCUUCAAAGACCUAGCCUUUUGGAUGUAUACCUGGGCCAACUUUUUCUUGUUUUGCGGCUACAUGGUGCCGUUCUUUUAUAUGCCCAGCUACGCCCAGUUCGAGCUGCACAUGUCGCGAUCACUCUCUCUGUAUGCCGUCGUCAUUGCACAGGGUGUCUCCGUCAUAGGACGGCUGCUGGCGUCUGCUGCGGCCCUUCGAGUCGGGGUCAUGAUCCCCUGGCUGACCUGUGGCACCCUCUCGGCCAUUCUUUGCCUGGCGUGGAUCGGCAUCCAUACUCCUGCCGCGUUUCUGGUCUAUGCAGCACUGUACGGGGGCUUCAGUGGCGCGCUUAUUCCUCUCCCGCCCAGUAUUUUCCCCGUCGUGUGUCCCGAUCCCAAGAUCCUCGGCGCACGUCUCGGCAUGGCCCAAGCAAUUGGCGCCACCGCCUCGCUGAUAGGCAGCCCCAUAGCGGGUGCCCUCUUGGGCCUAGGAGGCCACGGCUACCUGGGCUUGCAACUGUGGACGAGCCUCAUCAUGUUGGUUGGGAGCUUGUUCCUGGUAGGACUGUGGAUCACGCUUGUCAAAAGAAGGGAGUGCAAUAUAUUGAUCUAG